UUAAUUCUUAUAAGCGCCUCGUUUCACAUGUGAAGGGCCCAACUUCACUAGCCAGUAUUAAAUUAUCUGUUAGCUCACGGAUUUUAGACUGAAAUCCAACCCAACCAAAUGGCGGACACAAAGGAUACGAUUGUGGAGGGUGUAGAGGCACUAACCCUAAAUGGAAAGCCGGACGCAGAGCCCGUAGAAACGGGCACGGAUGCCCAGGCUCAGGAGGGAGCACCCACCGCUGGAGAAGAAGAUGUUGUGGAUCCGUGGAAUGUGGCCAGCAGCAGUGACACAGGCGUCGACUACGAUAAGCUGAUAAAACGCUUUGGCUCCAGCAAAAUCGAUGAGGAGCUCAUCGCCCGCUUUGAGAAAAUCACGGGGAAGCCCGCCCACCACUUCAUCAAGCGGGGCAUGUUUUUCUCACAUCGGGAUCUGCACACGAUUCUCACGCUGCGGGAGCAGGGCAAACCCUUCUACUUGUACACUGGUCGUGGUCCCAGCUCUGGAUCACUGCACGUCGGCCAUCUGGUGCCCUUCAUUAUGACCAAGUGGCUGCAGGAGACCUUCGAUGUGCCGCUGGUCAUCCAGCUGACCGACGAUGAGAAGACCUUGUGGAAGGACCUCAAGGUGGAGGAUGCCAUCAAGCUGGCGCGUGAGAAUGCCAAGGAUAUUGUGGCCAUGGGAUUUGAUGUCAACAAGACGUUCAUUUUCAACAACCUGGAUUUUGUGGGAAAAUGUCCUGCCAUGUACCAGAACAUCAUUCGCAUUCAGAAGUGCGUUACCUUUAACCAGGUAAAGGGAAUCUUUGGAUUUGGUGACUCGGACAUCAUUGGCAAGAUCGGUUUUCCGGCCGCCCAAGCUGCUCCCGCCAUCUCUAGCACUUUUCCCUUCCUCUUCGGCAAUAAGAAGGUGCACUGCCUCAUCCCAUGCGCCAUCGAUCAGGACCCCUAUUUCCGGAUGACCCGCGAUGUGGCCCCCCGUCUGGGUUUCCCCAAGUGCGCGCUUAUGCACUCGACCUUCUUCCCGGCGUUGCAGGGUGCGAAAACGAAGAUGUCGGCUAGCGAUCAGAAUUCGGCUGUUUAUCUUACGGACACGCCCAAACAAAUUAAGAACAAGAUCAACAAGUACGCCUUCUCCGGUGGGCGCGUCACCGUGGAGGAGCAUCGAAAGUUGGGCGGCGUGCCAGAAGUUGAUGUCUCCUACCAGCUGCUUAAGUUCUUCUUGGAGGAUGACGCCAAGUUGGAGGAGGUGCGAGUGGCAUACAGCAAGGGUGAGAUGCUGACGGGCGAGAUAAAAAAGCUGGCCGUGGAGACCCUCACUCCCAUUGUGGAACAGCACCAGGCAGCCCGCAAGUUGAUAACGGACGAAGUACUGGACAAGUUCUUUGAACUGCGACCCCUGCAGUUUGGCAGUUAGAACUGCUAAGGAGUUAGGAGGACUGGCAUUUGCUUGACAUCGAUUCUUACUACAGUUUAAACGACAUUAGCUUAGAUCGAACUAAGCGAGCUUAGUUUAGCACCGAACCGACUAGGGCACUCCUUUGUAAAUAGCUAUAAUGAAUUGAUCUAUGCCUGGGCUCUGAGCCCCAGUGGCGACCACUUAAUGCAUCGUUGUACUCGCUAUUUAUUUUAUUUUUUACACACACCGCGUGUUUAUUUUUAUAAAGCAGAAAACAAUAAACGGCUUCGAUUUGCAA